CCAGGCCCGGCCGACCACAGGUUUUGAUUGAAUGAAUCAAUGAAAUGAUUAAAUCGGUUUAGAAAUUCAGAAAAUCAGAAAUUCAGAAAUUCAGAACAUGGAAAAAAAAGACGCGCCCGCCGCCUUUUCUCCCUCCUUCCCGAAAGAAAAACCUAUUCUCUUAAAUUUAAAGGAUAUCCUCCCCCCACCCAAACUCCCGUUGUGACUUACUUUCUCCAUUCUCAUCCCAUCAUCUCCUCUCCGCCAUACUUUAUCAUCUCUCCCUCCCCCAUCCUUUACUCUCUCUCUCUCUAUUUUCAAGAGCAACUUUUGAUCCUUCCGCCGCUCUCGUUAUAAAUCGCACUACAUCAAUCUUUUGAUUGUCCUGUUUGUGUCGUUCGACUGCGAUCUGAACAACCCAAGUCUACGAGCUUCGCACCUGCAAGCUUAAUCGCUAAAAAGCAUCCUUUUGUUUUCUAUCUUUCACACACAACCACACACACAUUCACAAUGGCUGAAUCAACCACCAUCUCCAACACGGAGAAUCUCAUGAAGUACAUGUCCCUCGACCAGCGGGGUAACGUCCAGGCUGAGUACAUCUGGAUCGAUGCCACCGGUGGCACUCGUUCCAAGACCAGGACUCUGUCCAAGUCCCCCAAGUCCGUUGAUGAACUGCCCGAAUGGAACUUCGACGGCUCCUCCACCGGCCAGGCCCCCGGUGACAACUCCGAUGUCUACCUCCGCCCCGUUGCUAUCUACCCCGACCCCUUCCGUCUCGGUGACAACAUCCUCGUCCUUUGCGAGACCUGGGACUCCGAUGGAACCCCCAACAAGUUCAACCACCGCCACGAGGCUGCCCGUCUGAUGGAGGCCAACGCCAAGGAGGAGUUCUGGUUCGGUCUCGAACAGGAGUACACCCUCCUCGGUACCGAUGGCUGGCCCUACGGCUGGCCCAAGGGUGGUUUCCCCGGUGCCCAGGGCCCCUACUACUGUGGUGUCGGUACUGGCAAGGUCUACUGCCGUGACAUCGUCGAGGCUCACUACCGUGCAUGCUUGUACGCUGGUAUCAAGAUCUCCGGUAUCAACGCCGAGGUCAUGCCUUCCCAAUGGGAGUACCAGGUCGGCCCUUGCCAGGGUAUUGACAUGGGUGACGAGCUCUGGAUGUCCCGCUUCCUCCUCCACCGUGUCGCAGAAGAGUUCGGCGUCAGAAUCUCCUUCGAGCCCAAGCCCAUCAAGGGUGAAUGGAACGGAGCCGGUCUCCACACCAACGUCUCGACCGCCUCCACUCGUGCUGACGGUGGCAUGAAGGCUAUUGAGUCCUACAUGAAGAAGCUCGAGGCCCGCCACGUUGAGCACAUUGCCGUUUACGGUGAGGGUAACGAGGAGCGCCUGACUGGUCGUCACGAGACCGGCAACAUUGACAAGUUCAGCUACGGUGUUGCCGACCGUGGUGGCUCCAUCCGUAUCCCCCGCCAGGUCGCCAAGGACGGCAAGGGUUACUUCGAGGACCGCCGUCCCGCCAGUAACGCCUGCCCCUACCAAAUUACUGGUAUCAUCGUGGAGACUCUUUGCGGUGGCAACUAAGUGCGUCUAGCACAUUUACUCCAAAUGUGAAAAACAUUUCAUCUUAGCGCUCGUAUACCCUCCGGCUUCGACAUGGAGUCAGAUUGCGAUGCAGCCUGGUCAUGGGAGAGCAAACUAUAGAAUUUCUCUUCUUCUUUUCUCUCUUCAUGAUGGUACUUCGGAGUUUCUUUCGAACCCUCUCUCGUGUGCCAGCGCCUGUUGAUGCAUUCGUUGUCCUGUUGCUGGUCUUGCAUGUUUCUUUCUUACCUUGGGUUAUGUGUUACGUAUGGCAUAGAGGACUGAUACUCGGAGGAGAACCGACGACGGUCUUUUUGAAAUUGAAACUGGGGAUGAAACUGGAAGGAUCAAAUAGCUUUGAGGCCGGAACCACGGUCAGUAUUAUAGUGUUCAAAUAAUCAAUCGUUACGAA